UUCCCAUCUCGUCCUCGUUCCGCAUCCCAAAACGUUCCUCUUUUUGUUCAUCUGGCCCCUAUUUUUUUUCAUCUUUCUUAUCCCUCCAAAAAGAAGUACGUACAGUGCGAGCAGUGGUCAGUCUUUCAGUGCUCCUCCCCUUCCCCUUCUCUCCAUCCUGCAUUCUCUAACUCUCUAUCUAACCCCCUCAACAGAAUAACAAUCACAUUCCAGUCCCUGUCUACCUAACCCGCUUGACGCUUUUCCGGCGCUACAAAUUAACGAUAGCCCCUCGCGCCAUGACGUUCUCUUCUUCUACUUCGCCUUCUUCUCUGUGUUAGUUUUCCUUUUUGUCCUCCUUUUUCCCUGAGGUUUAGGUUUCAAUCGGAGGCUAGGGUUUAUAGGAGAAAAUGGAGAAGAAGCAAGGGUUCUUCUCGGCGCUGCGGGAGGAGCUGGCGAGGGGGCUACCGCCGGGGAGGACGAGGUCGGAGAGCCCAGGGUGGAACGCGUCGGCGGCGGUGGCGGGGCUGCUGCUGCCGCGGAGGUGGAAGGGGCUGCAACGGCAGCAGACAAUGGUGGACGUGGCGGUGCCGAGAUCGGGGAGCCUGAGGCCCGUCGGGGAGGCGCUGGCGCCGCUCAUGGAGGGCCCCGAUCCGGGAGCCGGUGACUGCGGGGACCGAAGGAAAGAAGGCGAGGGGUGGGGGCACUGGGUGAAGGUCCAGCUCUCCCGUGCGCCGUCCGUUUCCGCCGCCUCCGCCUCCCGCCGCCGUUCCGACCUCCGCCUCCUCCUCGGCGUCAUGGGCGCCCCGCUCGCCCCCAUCCACGUCUGCUCCACCGAUCCCGUGCCUCAUCUCGGCAUCAAGGACACCCCCAUUGAAACAUCGCCGGCACAGUACAUACUACAGCAGUAUAUAGCGGCGUCAGGAGGGUUGAAGCUGCUAAGCUCCAUUAGGAACUCAUACGCCAUGGGGAAGGUGCGAAUGGUGGCGGCGGAGUUUGAGACGGCAAGCCGGAUCAUCAAGAAUCGGAAUGCCUCCCAUUCCACGGAGGCUGGAGGCUUCGUCCUCUGGCAGAUGGCCCCUGGUAUGUGGUACGUUGAGCUUGCUGUCGGCGGCAGCAAGGUCCAAGCGGGCUGCAAUGGCAAGCUUGUGUGGCACCACAACCCCUGGCUGGGUGCUCAUGCUGCCAAAGGCCCUGUUCGCCCCCUCCGCCGGGCUCUCCAGGGUCUUGAUCCAUUGACCACCGCUAGUAUGUUUGCUGAGGCACGGUGCAUUGGAGAGAAGAAGGUCAAUGGGGAGGAUUGUUUCAUACUGAAGCUCUGUGCCGGUCCUGGGACACUGAAAGCUAGGAGUGAAGGCCCUGCUGAGAUAACUAGGCAUGUGUUAUUUGGGUAUUUCAGCCAGAAAACUGGUCUUCUUGUCGAAAUGGAGGACUCCCACCUAACCCGGAUCCAGUCCAAUGCUGGUGGAGAUGCUGUGUACUGGGAGACAACCAUUAAUUCCUUCAUUGAAGAUUACCGCCCAGUUGAAGGUAUGAUGAUCGCCCAUUCAGGUCGCUCGGUUGUGACGCUUUUCAGGUUUGGUGAGGUUGCCAUGAGCCACACCAAGACUAGGAUGGAGGAGGUUUGGACCAUUGAGGAGGCGGCCUUCAAUGUUCCUGGACUUUCAAUGGACUGUUUCAUCCCUCCGGCUGAUAUACAAUGCGGGUCAGUCAGUGAAACCUGCGAUCUUCCCGAAGGAGAGAGAGGGAAGAACAGCUCAGCAGGGAAUUAUCGGGCUAAGGUUGCAGCUCUGGAGAGGCCGCAUGAUAAUGAUGAUAAUAUUGUGUGGAAGGUGUCUAAUGCUAGAACUACUUAGCAUCAGAAGUUGAUCAAAACUUAUAGUUUGUCUUUUAGUUGACUAACAAACCAUGAAAUGUAGGUAGCAGGCACAAAUUCAAGGGGAUUGUAGAUUUGGUAAUUGCAGUGUCCUCUGUAAAUAGGAGCAUAAUCAUUCAAAUACAGGCCUCACAUUUUGCUGGCCUUGUCAGAUUCCUAUACUCUAAUACAGAGUUGCUGGGAGGUAGCGGUUUGGUUAAUUUGGUUUAAAUCUGUGUGGGAUGGAGUUAGGGUUUCUUCUUUUUUCCACAGGGUGCGGCCUUCCAUGCCCAAAGAAGAGGAUCGAGGUUGUGCUGAUGCUUCGAUUCUUAGGCUAAUUCUCUUGCUGGUGGCAACAGGAACUUCGUCACUGGCAUGUGACUGUUCAGAUGUGUUUUCAGAUUUUCUUUUGUGUUUUGUUUGUUGAUUGGUGUCUAAACCAUUUGAGAUGAAGUGAGAGGUGAUAACAUUGGAUUAAUCGUGGGCCUUGGAAUCUAAUUCUUCCUUGCCUCCUGCAGCCUGGUAUUAGUCUUUCUAAGCUAGUUGAUGUAAACCAACCAAACUUUUGUUCUAUAUCAGAUGUUGAAUGUUUAAUGUGUUCUUUUUUAUCCUAUAUGGCAUUAUAUGAAUUCAUGGAUGCUGAUAUCAUCUUUCAGGGUU